CCACACCACACCACAGCCCACUACAUCAUGGCUGAGUCAUGGCUGGGAUACUCUCCGCUUCUACAUUCAUCCAGUCCAGCACAGGGCUCAGUUUUAAAGUGCAGUCGGGACCUCAGUGCGAAGUCUGUGACAAAAGGAACAGUUGGUAUUACAGUCUGAUGAUGCCUUGGAUAUAGCCGGCCCCCCAUGAGUGAUAUGAAUAACACACUGGAAGACGUACACACCUCUGGCUGCCUCGGAGAGAAAGCCGAGAUUUCUGGGAGUGGGAAGGGUAAUGUGAGUGGCUUUUCCAGCCCAUCCCUCAUCCCUUUGCAUGGUCCUUUACAACCACCAAAUCCCCAGCUCUCCAGGAAUGUUGUCUGCCAGGGGAAUAGGAAAAUUGAAGAGGGAGAGGAGUUUCUGCUGGCUGCUCCUGUACCAAGCCUUUUCCCAGAACUCAUUCCCUCAACCGUCUCAUCCCUUGUCUCCGAUUGUUUAUUACCCUCCACCAAAAGUGGCGCAACUCAGGUAAUCAAAGUGUAUAAUGAGGACAAUACAAGUCGAGCGGUAGAGGUUCCCACUGACAUCACAGCCCGGGACAUAUGCCAGCUGUUUGUCCUGAAGAAUCAUUGCAUUGACGACCACAGCUGGACUCUGUUUGAGCAUCUCACCCAUCUAAGCAUAGAACGAAUCAUAGAAGACCAUGAAUCUGUUAUGGAGGUGCUGUCCGGUUGGGCCAUGGACACAGACAGUCGCUUAUAUUUCCGGAAGAACUAUGCCAAAUAUGAAUUCUUCAAUAAACCGCUGGAUUUUUUCCCAGAUCACAUGGUGUCCAUAUCAAGUGAAACCAACGGGAUGAUGAACCAUUCUCAGCUAAUACAGACUUUUCUCAACUCGAGCACUUGUCCAGAGAUCCAUGGCCACCUCCAUGCCAAAGAACAAGGCAGGAAGUCUUGGAAGAAGUUCUACUUUGUCUUGAGGAGGUCAGGUCUCUACUUCUCCAACAAGGGGACAUCAAAGGAACCAAGACAUCUCCAGUUCAUCGCCGAGUUCAGUGACGGCGACGUCUACACGUUACUAUCAGCGAGAAAGAUACACGGAGCGCCUACUGACUAUGGCUUCUGUGUCAAGUCUACUAAGCGUGGCUCUCCACGGGACCUUAAGCUGUUGUGUGCAGAUGACGAGCAAACCAGAACCUGCUGGGUCACUGCCAUGCGCCUCUUUAAGUAUGGGAUGCAGCUGUACCAAAACUUCAUUCAACCACACCAGAAACAGAAAACACCUAUGAGAAGUAUCUCCGAGAACUCCUUGGUGGCCAUGGACUUCUCAGGACACAAGAGCCGGGUGAUCGAGAACCCAUCGGAGGCGCUGUCCGUAGCCGUGGAGGAGGGUCUCUCGUGGAGGAGGAAAAGCUGCCACCGUCUGAGCUCCCAUGGAAGCCCAUCCACCUCUCAGGGUCCCAUGUCAAACAUGGCUCUCCAUAUGGCCCAGCCCUGGUUCCACAGCAAACUGUCCAGAGACGAGGCACACCGCUUAAUCACUCAACAGGGUCUGAUUGAUGGAGUAUUUCUUCUAAGGGACAGCCAAAGCAACCCCAAUACAUUUGUACUGUCACUGUGUCACACACAGAGAAUCAAACACUUUCAGAUCUUACCGGUGGAUGAAGAGGGGGAAUUGUUCUACAGCCUAGACGACGGUCACACGCGUUUCGCUGAUCUGAUCCAGCUAGUGGAGUUCUACCAGCUCAACCGGGGCGUGCUGCCCUGCAAACUAAAACACCACUGUGCCAGGAUCACCCUCUGAGGGGGAAGGGGUCUCCAAGGGCCCCAUUCAUACAGAAGCACCUUUAAAUCACAGCGACUAUCCCUCUGGAGAAGCAACCACCUAGCAACCACCUACCCAAGGGAUGCCCUCCUUGACAACACUGAGAACACCUCCAGACAUAAGCAAACUGAAACCACUUAUCACCUUCUAGAAUCCAUUCUCUUGGAGAAAACCGUGGUAAAUCAGUCUUUUGUAAUGACUUACGUUUUUUUCACUAAAAUAUUAUAUGGGUGUUAUGAUAAAAUACAUGACGACAUUGUGUCAUACAUGACCGUAGGUGUUGAGAAAUCUGGCGUUGGAAAGAAAAAAGUGAAUCUACUGUAGAGUUGAUGUGACUGAGAGGGCUCUAUUGCGAGCCCAUUGGUUGGCCCUGUAUGUUAGCCCAGGUGUGGUGACGAAUCACAACCACCACAGGGACUCGUGUGUCGAGUCUAAACUUCCGUUAAUAUACUGUAUACAAUGUGGGUCACGUUUGCAUUGUGUGUCGGCUCACUUUACUACUCUCUAUGGGAAUGAACAUCUACUGUAGCCAACGGUUGAAACCGUAGAGCGCGAGCUGAUAUUUGACAGUGUGUGUUCACACCUCGAGAGUAGAAUGACCAGUGUGGUAUAGCCAUCAAUGUGCAUUAUUGGCACAGUUAAGCUGAACCUGGUAAUUUGUCAGUAGAAGGGGAUCACUGCUAUCAGACGAGACAAGGCAUGAUGGGAAAUGUAGUAUGUCGACUCUAGAGGAGGCUGGUGGGAAGAGCUAUAUGAGGAAGGGCUCAUUUGUAAUUGCUGGAAUGGAUUACGGGGGGUGAACAUGUGGUUUCCAUAUGUUUGAUACCGUUCCAUUUAUUGCAUUCCAGCCCUUACAAUGAGCCCGUCCUCCUAUAGCUCCUCCCACUAGCCUCCUCUGGUAGGCUACAGUGGUCCUAUGGCCUUGGUCAUCUCCUGGGUAAGCGAAGCUGUUUUUUAUCAAAUCUCAAGGGAUUCCGGUAUAUUUCUAAAAAAAAAACAAAUGAUUGUUUAUUUUCUAUUUUUAGAGGUAUGAGUAGCCGAGGAGAAUUCAAAGUGGUUGCAUGUUGUUUAAGCUGGACAUUGACCGCUGUAGGGAGAGCAUGCACAACAACAUGCUUUACUAGCCUGCACUGUACAUUUAUUGGAAAUGUACUGAUUGCAUUUGAAUCAAUAAACGGUAGGCUGCUCCCUUUUUGUUAUCGCAAGACCAGCAGAAGAGAUAUUUGACUGAUUUUGAGAUUCAAACCGCAGUCUAAGAUAGAAAGACAGUAUAAUAUUGUGAUUUUUAUUGAUCAAAAUCUGAAUUGUUGUACAUUAAAAUGAAUGUUUUCUAGUCUUUUUUUUUCUUGAAGAUUCAGGUAAAGCAUGUGCAGCACCUGAAGUGGUUGAAUUUUGAUGUGAAGAACCAAGACUUACAUCCCUUACUGUUUUGUUGCUUCAUUUUGGAAAUGGUACUGUAAUCAUGCAGCAAUUUGUACAGACAGGUUUCACCAGUACAAUAUGAUAAAACAAGGUGUAACUUACUUUGAUACAAGUGACAAGCAAGACAUGUUAACAAUGCAUUUCACACAAUAUUUCUUUUAACAUAAAGAACAGUGCGUUUAAACAGUAAUGAUGUCAUGGACUGCAAUGUUUUAUAAAGGAAACAAAAUCAAUGUCUACUUGCACUGUAUGAUUUCAGUUUUAUAAUUAUGUAUUGAGAGCAAGCCACAUAAACAAGCACACAGUAGUUAGGUUUCCAUCCAAUUGGCAAAUGAAUAUUCUCAAAUCUGCAUAAAAACCAUGCCUGCAUUUUCCCAUGCGUUUUCAUCAAAUUCGGUGCAUGAUGGCGUAGUGCACAUACAAGUAACUUUUGUCGUUAAAAUUCCUAUGUACUGAAUAAAAAAUAUACAUUUGA